UGGCACUUGCGGCACUUAUGUGAAGUUGUGAACCCUUGAAUUCAGAAGUGCUCAUAUUAAAUUUAUAAUAAUUUUCCGUGCAUUAUUUAUGUAUAAAAAUGUUUAGUAACGCAGCUGCCCCAGAACCAGAAAGUAAACCCAGUCCUGACGUUGGUACAACGACUACACAAGCUGGGGCCAAAAAGGAAGAAGCUUGGGGUUAUGACUUGUAUCCCGAGAGACGAGGAACAUUUACCCCUAAAAUAGGAAAUAUUCUUAUUGGAAAAGAAGGAAAAGAAAAUGUAGAGAAAUUAAAAUGUGAACAAAAUGUUGUUGAGUGUGUUAAAACCAGUCCUAUCGUGAAGCUUAUGAUGAAAGCUCUUAAAAGCUCCGGAUGCCCUAUAGACCUUCGGAGACAUUUUUCAUGUGAAGUGUGUGAUUACUCUGUCAGCGGGGGCUAUGAUCCUGAGCUCAAUCAGAUUGUAGUAUGCCAGAAUGUAUCCACACGCAAGGGCAUGGUUCAAGGCGUCCUGGUCCAUGAGAUGAUACACAUGUUCGACUACUGCCGGAACCAGCUGGACUUCAAGAAUAUGGAACAUUUAGCUUGCUCAGAGAUCCGAGCGGCAAACCUGACGCAUUGCUCAUUCACUAGUGCCUGGUCUCAGGGGGAUGCUUCGUGGACUAAGAUUAAGAAAGCUCAUCAGGAUUGCGUAAAAACGAAAGCUCUGUACUCAGUGUUGGCAGUGCGUCAAAUCGGCAAAGCUGAGGCUGUGGACAUCAUCGAAAAGGUAUUUCCAAAAUGCUAUGCAGACCUGGAACCCAUAGGCAGACGGAUACGUAGAAACUCUGAUGAUAUGAUCAGAGUGCUUAGAGAUGCUUCUUACUAUGGGUAUGAUUGAUGCUUAUCAGUAUAGAAUAAACAUGACUAUAUCUGUAUAGUGUAUUUUUAUCAAAAAUAUAUUAAGGCCAUUUUAUUUAUGUAUACACAUACCCCCUUAUUUCAUAAACGUUCACUAAAGUUAUCAAGCCGAUAAAGUUCGUUUGUCCCUUUCUAUCACACCAAUACGUCGGUAAGGGACAAACGAACUAUAUCGACUUACGUUUAUGAAUAUGGGGAUAGUAUUUUAUUGUUAGUUGUUAGGUAUUUUUAUUCAGAAUGACAAGCUAUUUCGAUCCUAAUGUGUGUCCUACUGACUAUUAAAGAUGGCCAGACCAGGACAAUUCUGCAGCUGAUGGUAGUUGGUACUCAAAUGUGCCAAGAGGGCAACUAACAGAGAAUAAUCAGGACCCAUGGUGCCCCAUACCAUUUUUCCAUAAUAUUAGAAUAUUACCAUUUUAAUGUAAAAAAAAAAAAUCCCUCUUAUUUCUCCUGGAUCGAAAUUGAUUAUUAUUCUGAUUAUUUAGAAAUAAAAUAAUAAAUAAAUGGCCUUGUAGCUGAAGAGUAAAUUGUAUUAAGAUUGUUGACAUGUAGACAGGAAUAAAAUAGGCGUUGAAU